CUAGAUACAUGUAUUUACUUUAUUUGUUGUUGUUUCCCCCCCUCUUCUAAAUAUGUAUUUGAUUUAUUUCAGAUAUUUAUGACAUCAGUCCUAUGGUCAGAUCAGAAUGACAUUAUUGUCUACAGAAAGUAUGAAGAGUUCAGAAAACUGCACAAGCAGCUUCGGAAGCAGUUUCUCGUGGGUCGUGGAUUCGGCAGGAAGUCGGAGGGAAUUCUUCCAAAAUUUGAAGAUGUUCCCCUUAAGACCCUGCGGAAGAAAGCCACUUGUAGAUCGAUGCUCAGGCUGAAAUUGCUGGAGAAGUACUUUGCAGCAUUGAUGGAACUGGAGCCCAAGAUCUCCCAGUGCAAUGACGUCAUCCAGUUCUUCAUACCGCAGAAUCACGACUUGCAGCCUUCGUUUCCUAAAAACAGCAUUGUCAUCAUGCCAUCUGAAGACCAGGAGAACGCGGAAGACGUGAGCGAAGAUAAACGACAACACAGUGCAGGGAACAUCACUCAGCCGUUUAUCGCAGAAACACACCGGUGUGUGGCCAGCUACGAGACCAAAGACACCAAGAACAGACCUUUCAGGGUCAACGUUGAAGAAACCGUGGAUGUUCUCAUCAAAGACCCAGGAGGAUGGUGGCUGGUGGAAAAUGAGGAGAAGCAUAUUGCCUGGUUCCCAGCUCCAUAUCUGGAGAAAUGCUGUGACCCAGAAGAGUAUGAAAAUGUGACUGAUGGCAUUCCAGAAGAAGGAAUGCUGUACUAUGCAGCCCGAGGUUAUGAAGCCACAAACACGGACGAACUGUCACUAAACAUUGGGGUUGUUGUGGAAGUCCUACAGAAGUCUGACAAUGGCUGGUGGUUAAUUAGGUACAAUGGAAAAGCUGGAUAUGUGCCUUCCAUGUAUCUCCAGCCCUACAAAAACCCUCACCAGAAAUACCAGAUUCAAUCUAUUAAUCUAUACAGACCUGCAAGCCCCACAGGAAACCUUCGCACUGUAAAAAAUCUUCAGCUCAGCCACUCCCAAAUUUCACUCCAGCCUUGCCCAGUUGUCAAAGGGAAGCUUCAGCCUUUGGACCGACAGAAAUCAAGGUCUCUGAGUUGCAUUUUGCCCCCUGCGAUCACCAUCAAUGACUACGAUGCAAGCAGUUCCUCAAAGACUGAAAGCAAGAUCGACAGCCUCAGCGACAGCAGUGAAGAGAGCUUGAAUUUCAGCAGCUGCUCAAAUUCCUCUAGAAAUUCUCUAGUGUCACCAGAAAGUGAUUUCCUCAGCGUGAAUCCAGCAGUCAUGGCAGAGCAGCUCCGGAGAAGCAGGACCCCGCCUGCAAUGAUCACACACAGGCGCGAUUCAGACUAUGUGAGUGAAGCGGAACAGCUACCCAAUAGCAACUCUGAUCCAAACCUCUACAAGAGCUCUUCUAUGCCCAAGGUGCCUCCACGGCCCAAAGUCCAGGAAAUAUUGUCCCGAUGCACGACAAUCACCAAGAAGGCGGCAAUGCCAUUGCUCCCCGGUUCCAAACCUGCAGUGGCACAACUUCGUUAAAGAAACUGUUCAGGAAUUUUAUUUAAAAAUGCAGCAUAAACUGCAAGUAAAAGUAGUAGAAUUGUAUCUACUUUAUAUUUAAACCUGUAAGAUACACAAUAUAUCCUUCUUGGCUUUUGACUCCAAGUAAUCCUUACCAGUAAUAUGAGAAUGGAUGUAAUAAACUGCAUUGUAAGUUGGAUUUUUUUCAACAUUAUAUGAAAUAUUUUCCUUUUUUAAAAAAAUAGAAAUACUUUAUUUGUAUAUUAUUAUUAAAUACACCUUUUACUUUUCAAUGUUAUAGUUAUUAAUGAAGUUGAACUUUGAAGCUGAUAUUUUUUGUUAGCCUCUUUCUUUAAAAGGUAAACAUUUUAUGAAUAAAUUGCUUGCGUCCUAGUUCUUCCAUAGUGGAAAUACUAUUUGCUUUAUGUGCAUCUUUCAAUAAGUGCUUCUUGUCUUUUCAUGUAGACUGAAAAACUCUAAAACCUGUAUAAUUUGUAAAGCAUUUGAUUGUAAAUUUUCAACACAUCUGUUCAAUAAUUGCAACUGUCAUACAAACUGCAAUAAAAUCCUAAUCAUUUUUAAAA